AGCUGCACACAACAGAGGCAUAGGCCUUCAGACGAAUUAUAGAACUACUGCUAACGAUCAAAUGACGUAUCGAGUUGGUGGAGUAGCAUUUGCAGAAGUAGAGUUAGAUGUUUUGACGGGAGAACAUGAUGUACUUAGAGUAGAUAUGAUAAAUGAUGUUGGACUCAGUUUAAACCCUGAAUUGGAUAUUGGACAGAUCGAAGGAGCUUUUAUUAUGGGUCUGGGUUAUUGGACUUCUGAACAUAUCAUAUUUGACAAGAAAACAGGAGAAAUUCUAACUGAUCGCUCUUGGAACUACCACGUACCGCUAGCCAAGGACAUACCAAUAGAUUUCAGAGUGCAACUUCGAAGGAACUCUUAUAAUCCUGUUGGAACUCUUGGUGGUAAAGCUUUAUCAGAGCCUCCUAUUGCGUUGUCAAUAAGCGUUGCCUUUGCUUUAAGGGAAGCUAUAGUGUCAUCUAGAAAGGAUAGCGGUUAUCCAUCAAAUGAGUGGUUUGAAGUUGAUGGUCCAUUCACAUUGGAAGCAAAUGUGCUGAAAUGCGAUGCAAAUCUGAAAGAGUUCUUAUUUUAUUGAUUUAUAACAAUAAGACC